AUGGCAAGCAAGAUGGCGUCACCUCGAAACCCAGUCCGCAGUGGCUGGCAGAGGAGGGCAAGGCGCAACAGCUUAGAAGCAACCCUCGUUUGCGAUCAAGAGGAAGGCGUCGCGAAGCAACUGGCAAGUGUGUUGGCGGACCUUAUCUUGCUCAGUUUCUUUGAUGGGCUUGGGUCAGCGUCGCUGAUUUGCGAGCACAUCUGCAAGGAGCAGUCGUGGCGCUGUCGUGCUUUGGCUUGGGAGACUGACGACAGCCUAGUGAAGCUCAUGCUUGCCCGCUUCAAGAAUGUGGAGCACCGCGGAGACUUUGACGCGAGGAGGGUUCCAAGGCCAUUUGCUUCGCCGAGUUUGUGCGAGAGCUGGCGGCUACAUGGCGUUAUCCGCAAGCCGCAAGCAAUCCUCAUUGUCGAGAAUGUGGUGCCGCGCAACAAACAAGAUGUUCGCGUGCUCGAGACAAAGUUGUCCGCGUCAGCAGUUGUCGCGGACGCCUCCGAUCUGGGCGUCGUGUCGAGGCCUCGCCUUUGGUGGACGAGAAUUCCGUGGGAACUCUCCAACCAAUGCAAUCGCCCAGUUGAGAUUCGGCGGUCAACCUAUCAAGGAGUUCCACGUGCGAGCUUCGCCCAGACCAAGGAUGACCUGGCCAAGUAUGACCUCGGCAGCCUACAGUGGCCAAGCAACGUCUUGCAGAGGCGAGGGCGCCAACAGAAGAUCCGCAUGGGCGAUCAGCUCGCGGAGCUACAAGGGCAGAGCAUUGCGUCCGAUGUGCGGAAAUUGGUGGAGGACAUGCAGCUGGAAGUGGAUGCCUGGUUCCAAACACUGGUCCCUGUAACUGCAAGGAUUGCGAAGUUGUUUGGCUGGCAGGACGAUUCUUUGUUCGAGGAGAUGAGCAGUGGCUUUCCAUUGCUUGUCCGCAUUAAUCCAGGUCUGGGCUGGCGUCUUCGUCGCGAUGAUAGAUACAACAACCCAAUUGACAAGGAGACGCUCCUUCAGGACAACUUUCAGUACGUGCAAAAGAAGUUAAAUCAGGCCAGGGUGGAUCCGUCUUGGCAGACCAUGGCUGAAGAAAUUGCUGCGAGUGUAAAAGCCGGUAGGGUGGAAGGUCCUUUUGCAUCGCCGUCGUCAUGGAGCAAGGCCACUGUGGCGCUGCCUGACUAUGCGCACACAGCGGAGUUGUUGUCGGCGCCGAUUUGCCAUGAGCACACGUGCUUUGCUUUCUCAGUGCAGCAAGUAGGAUCUGAUGGUCGGCGCAAGGUCCGGCGCGCAGAAGAUUGGCGCCGCUCUGGAGGCAACAAGACUGUGAACGUGCCGGACACACCUGCGUACCACAGCAUCAAGGCCUUCAUCGCCGUCAUUCGAGCUCUACGACAACAAGGAGAGCGGGGCACCAUUAUGACAUGGGGCCUUGAUCAUGAGGCAGCCUAUCGUCAGCUCCCUGUGCGCCGGCCAGAGGACACUUAUGUUGUACUACAGACUCCAAGAGGUCCGACGCGGCGCCAUCGUGUCUUGAUGUUUGGCUCCGUCGCAAGCGUGUGGGGCUAUUGCCGUGUUGCCGAUUGGAUGGCUUGUGCCAACAGCUGCCUUCUUCUCACGCCAGCUCUCCACUUCGUGGAUGAUUUCGGAGCGCCAGAGACCAGCCCGGAGGCGGACUCUAGCUUUGAAUACGUGCAAACAGCGUGCUGCGACUUUGGCUUCCGAUUUAAGCAGUCCAUGGCCGUGCUCUUCGUGGAGGAACCCAGCAAGCAGUUGAAUCUCUUGGGCAUUCAAUUGAACGGCGUAUCGGUAGAGGACGGCGAUCUUCAGGUAAAGGACGGCGCUCUGCUUCAGGUAGAGGAUCUUGUCGUAGAUGAUGGCCACUCCCAAGACGAGCCUGAACGCUCCCAAGACGAGGAUGGCCGCUCCCAAGACGAGGCUGGACGCCCCCAAGAGGAGGCUGGCUGCUCCCAAGAAGGCCGCUCCCACGAUGAGGCAGAAGUUGGCUGCCAGGAUGAGGAGGCCGACUCACGAAGCAUCUUCACAACAAGUUCCGCCAUUGCAGCUCAGUCUUGCGCAGCCUUCUGCUCCUUUUUCAGCUUCGUACGGCGCCGGCGCUCAGAACUUGACGAUGAGGACGAUGAGGAAUCAGCCUCGGCUAUUAGCCUGUCCCGCAGCUUCCUCCACUUGCGCUUCUGGUUGCCGCUGCGCUUGUCCUUCUUGGGCAUGGGAGUUGCCCUCCUUGCAUAUGCGGAGCACGUAAUCGUGCAGGCAACCAAGGAAAGGGUCACCCGCCUUGACAACCACAUCCUGGAGGUUCAGUUCGUUGCGCAGUCAUUGUUUGGGCAGUCAAGCAGAACUUCGCUUCGACCCCUACAUCAAAGAGCAGCGGCAGCGUAUCAUAGGUCCUCCCAAACCGGGUGGAAGUUGAGCCCGGGUCUGCGUAGUGCGUUGGAAUUUCUCCGCUUUGCCUUGGCCGCGCAGAAGCCGCGGAUAAUUCCGUUUGAGACGGAGGAUAGGGCCAUCAUCUAUGCGGACGCUUUCUUCCAGCUGAAUGGCAAGGUCGUCAAGGCCGCAGACGCCGACGAUGUGCAUUGGGGGCAGACCAAUCCAGCCGCGUUCCACAACGGCUUCGGCUUCGUUGUCAAGAGGGCGUAUAUCUUCGUCUUGGAGGCAGUUGCGCAGAUCCUGCCCGUCCUUGCCUUGAAACAGCGCUUGCCGAAGCAGCUACUUCUCUUCGUGGACAGUGAGCCUUCCCGGCGUGCUCUCGUAAGAGGGUAUGGAAAAGAGGCAUGGCGAUUCCUCGAAGAGGCAGAGUUCAGACCGGAGUGGCAGCGCGUGAUGUCUUCGGCAAACAUUUCUGACAAAGUCAGCCGAUUCGACUUUGCUGAUGCAAAGCGCAUGGGGUGGACAUGGCUGCAGCAUGACUGGGAGGCUGAGUUUCUUCGUCUACUGAAUGCUGUAAAGGAAG